AUGGCGCUCCCCGUCAUCACCUCCCUCGCCGACUGCGCCGACUUCUCCAAGACCGUCGAGCCCUACAUCCCCCAACUCUACGCCUUCCCCUCGAACUUCGCAAACGCGAUCACGAACCCAGAAGCAUUGAAACACCUCUACCUCACCACCAACCCGAUAAUCUCCGGCCUGGCCUUCUCCAUCGCCACCUUCCCCAUCUUCUUCAUCGUCGCGGAGAUCAACAAGAAUUAUAGCCAGGUGGAUCGGGUAUGGAGUAUCCUGCCUACCAUAUACCACAUCCACUAUGCGGUCUGGGCGCGGCUCAACGGCAUGCCGACGCAGCUGGUCGAUAACGUGCUGGCCUUCAGCGUGGUCUGGUCGACCCGUCUGACGUUCAAUUACUGGCGACGCGGCGGGUAUCAGGUCGGCAGCGAGGACUACCGCUGGAAGAUCAUCCAGGACAAGAUUGGGAGCUUCGCGUUCGUGAUCUUGAACGUGCUGUUCAUCUCGACCGCGCAGAUCAUCCUCCUCCAAGCAGUCACAACCCCCACCUACCUCCUCCUCCUCACCUCGCGCCUGCACCCCACCCUCUCCACCCCGGACGCCCUCUUCGCCCGCUCCCUCCUGCUCCUCGUCGUGGUCGAAUACUUCGCCGACCAACAACAAUGGAACUACCACGCUGCCAAGGCCCAAUACGCCUCCACUGCCAAGGUCCCGCAAGGCUGGACCCGCGCGCAAAUGGAUCGCGGCUUCAACACUACAGGGCUGUGGAAGUUCUCUCGCCACCCGAAUUUCGCCGCCGAGCAGAUGAUAUGGGUGACGCUGUAUGCGUGGGGCGCCUGGAGAACGGGGAGUUAUGUGAAUUGGACGGCGGCGGGGGUGGUGGGGUAUCUUGGGGUGUUUGCGGGGAGUACGCCGAUUACGGAGAGGAUUUCCAAGGGCAAGUAUCCGGAGUAUGAGGUUUAUCAGAGGAGGGUGGGGAAGUUUUUGCCGUUGGGGUUGGGGUGGACGGAGGAGGCGGAGGAGGAGGGGAAGAGGGUGGGUGAGAAGAGGGGGAAGAAGAAGCAGUGA